CGUCGACGGGUUGAGGGAGGGUGGGUGCGUUCCCGCAGCAACAGGGAAGAUGGCAGCUCUCACAUCUCUCACCCAGUUGUCAAGCGGGAACCCUGUAUAUGAGAACUUUUACAGACAGGUGGAUCCAGGGAAUACAGGGAGAGUAGGACCAACAGAAGCUGCCUUGUUCCUGAAGAAGUCCGGACUGCCUGACAUUACACUGGGAAAGAUUUGGGAUUUGGCAGAUCCUGAUGGAAAAGGCUAUCUGGACAAACCGGGGUUUUACGUCGCUCUGCGGCUGGUGGCGUGUGCUCAGAGUGGACAGGAAGUCAGUCUGUCCAGCCUCAACCCCACUAUCCCUCCUCCCAAGUUUAAGGACACCAGUAGUCCGUCUAUGAGCAGCACAGCUUCUGCUUCCACCGAAUUACAUUGGGCUGUCAGGCCGGAGGAGAAGAGUAAAUUUGAUGGAAUCUUUGAAAGUUUGGCUCCAGUGAGCGGCCUGCUGUCAGGAGAGAAAGUCAAACCAGUCCUCAUCAACUCCAAGCUACCUCUGGAUGUCCUUGGGAAGGUUUGGGACCUGAGUGACAUAGAUAAAGAUGGCCAUCUGGACAAAGAUGAGUUUGCAGUGGCUAUGCACCUUGUGUACCGUGCCCUGGAGAAGGAGCCUGUUCCUGCACUCCUCCCUUCUUCCCUCAUCCCUCUAUCUAAGAGGAAGAAGAGUCUGGGCUCAGUCGCCAGUUCUGUUCCUGGACUACCUGCCAGCCCUCCACCACCAAAAGAUUCACUACGCUCCACACCCUCCCACGGCAGCAUGAACUCACUCAACAGCACCGGCAGCCUGUCACCCAAACACACACUCAAGUCUGGACAGCAUUUGGUGAACUGGGUGGUGCCAUUGUCAGACCGUGGUCGCUAUGACGAUAUCUUCCUGAAGACUGAUGCUGACUUGGAUGGUUUUGUCAGUGGACUGGAAGUAAAGGACAUCUUCAUGCAUUCUGGACUUUCUCAGAAUGUCCUUGCCCAUAUAUGGGCUUUGGCAGACACAAGGCAGAUAGGCAAGCUGACCAGGGAACAGUUUGCUCUUGCUAUGCAUCUCAUCCAGCAGAAAGUCAGCAAGGGCAUAGACCCUCCACAGGCCCUGACUGCGGAAAUGAUACCUCCCUCUGAGAGAGGCACUCCAGUACCAAGUAUGUCAGGAUACAUGACCCCAGUGGGAUCAGAGAUGGCUGCUCUGUCUGAUAUGAGAAGGGCUAUAAUGUUCAAGUUGUGGGACAGCUCCAGCUCAGUGGGAUCAGGGGAGUCCACUGGCAUCAAGGAGUUGGAUGACAUCAGCCAGGAAAUAACCCAGUUGCAGAGCACUCUUGCCUUUACCCAGUGGAAUACUCUAAGGGAGAAGUACAACCUUGAGCAGGACAUCAGGGAGACAGAGGAGGCCAUCAGAUAUAAGAGUGCAGAGGUGCAGGAGAUGCAGAAUGACCUGGACCGAGAGACAGCCAGCCUGCAAGAGCUUGAUGCUCAGAAACAAGACGCCCAAGAACGCCUGGAGGAGAUGGACCAGCAGAAACAUAAAUUAGAAGACAUGCUGAACGAAGUCCGAAUUAAGUGCCAGGAAGAGUCUCAGAUGAUCUCCUCGCUCCAGAGUCAGAUCCACUCCCAGGAGUCAGACUUGCAGAGCCAGGAGGAAGAACUGAGCCGGGCAAAGGCCGACCUAGGCCGAUUGCAACAUGAGGAGAUACAGCUGGAGCAGAGCCUGGCUGCUGGUAAGAUCCAGCUGGAGACCAUCAUCAAGUCCCUUAAGGCCACGCAGGAUGAGAUCAACCAGGCUCGCAGUAAAUUGUCCCAGAUCCAGGACAGCCAACAGGAGGUCUCUAAAAGCAUCGAGCAGUACAACAGCACCUUGAAUGGAACCCAUGGAGGCAGUAUGACUAACCUGGCAGACAUGAGUGAGGGCUUCAGUGACCGAGAAAAUGGAGGAUUCCCAGCCAUGGUGAGAGGAGCACAGGAGGAUCCUUUCAAAGUGAAGCCAUCAGUGUUCAACAGCCAGCCUCAGGAGCUUCCCACUGACCCCUUCCACUCUGAAGACCCCUUCAUAACAGACCCAUUUAAAGGUGACCCUUUCCAAAAUGACCCUUUUGCAAAGCAGCCACCAACGUCCACAGAUCCAUUUGGAGGUGACCCGUUCAAAGAGACAGAUCCAUUCAAAGCUUCAUCAGAAGAUUUCUUCAAGAAGACCACAAAGAUGGACCCCUUCUCCACAACAGACCCCUUCAAUAAAAGUGCCACAUUACCUUCAAAGGUACUUGUCAAUCAAAAUCAAGCCAGUCACUUCACAAGCAGUGACCCAUUCUCAUCAAGUAACCCAAAGCCCAGAGGGGCAGAACUAUUUGGCGCAUUGGACCCGUUUGGCAGCAGUUCAUUCAGCAGCAGCAGUAACAGCUCAGCUGGAUUUGCAGACUUCAGCCAUAUGUCGAAGCCCAGAGACCCCUUUGAAGGCAGAGCCAGCUGGCUGCCAGACUACCAGAAGUCAGUGUUUGUGGACGACCCGUUCAACAGGAAGAAUGACACACCAGCUUUGCCACCAAAGAAAAGUGUUCCCCCAAGACCCAAACCCCCUAGUGGUAAGAGCACACCAGUGAGCAUGUCUGGCACAGCCGACCCUUCCAAACCGUGUGACCCCUUCCAGCCGUUCGGCAGCGACAUCAUCGAUCCAUUUCAGAGUAAAAAGGGCUUGGGAGACCCGUUCAGUGGCAAAGACCCUUUUGCUCCAUCCUCAUCAAGUAAAGCCCCUAAAGACUCUACCUCUGGUUUUGCAGACUUCAAUUCUGACCUGAAAAAGUUAAGUUUGGGAAUGAGGCUCAGCAGUUGGAGUGGGCUAAGAGAGAGAGUGAGCGAGCAGAGCGCGAGCGACUGAAGAGGCUCAGACUGCAGGAGCAGGAAGACCUGGAGCUGGCCAUCGCCCUCAGCAAGGCCGAGAUGUCCAACGCAUGACCCGCCACACAUAGACAGACAGUGCGUAGACAGGCUAACAAACAGACAACAUGACUGACAUCUAUAUGACUGACACCUGCACCCCCACUAUUUACAUUCUCCAACACUCAAUGACUCAAUAAAUGAGGAGCAGAAAGACCCUCUGGGCAAGUCUUGCCACUGACCCUAAGUAAAAAAAAAAGAAAGAAAAAAGAAGACGUGAGCCCGAGAAUCAUCACUGCAAAACUCCUGCUGACAUGAAGAGACAGAAUACUGAAGGAGAGAAGGAGGAGCAGGUACUGUGUAUAAGCACUAUGGUGGCCGGACAGUGUUGGAUCCACUCACUGGCCUGAGCAGAUAAGAAAAGCAUACCCGACACAUCACAUUGGCAGUUUGCAUUUGUGCAUUCGUGGUUUUUCUUCUCCACCUUCUCUCACAGUGGUGGAAAAUAUGGCAAACAGGCUCACAAUACUGCUGCUUCCAUUCUUACAAGCAGCAGUGAAGAAAAAUCACAGCACAAUUCUUACUGCCAUGGUUCAGAGGAUUUCUUUCCGGAUGUGUAUGUGUGACAUGGACAUAUCACUGAUUCUGAUGUAUGGACUGUGUCACUUAGUAUUCAGUGUUGGGUUCUUUUGCUGGUAUGAAAUGCUAUAGAAUGACGUGUUGCAAAAGUAUAUGUGAAUAUAGAGGCAUAUGGAGAAGACUGAAUCUGGAUUUUCACUCCUCAGGAUUAAGGAUUUUCACCUCACUUCAGUUUGCUCUCCCUGUUUUUCCCUCAGGAAACGCUCACUGAUCCAGACUCAGAUGAGUUUUAUUAGUUGACUUCUUUUCACUCCACUACAUGCUAAAGCAGGCAAAUUGAAAAUCAUCUUCUCAUCUGUCUCUGGGUACAAUGAAGCAUAUUUCUCAGAAUAUUGAGUUUCCUUUUAUUUUUAUCCCACACCAGGGGUCAUUAGUGUCUGAGAAUCUGGCCCCUGGUCCACACCCUCCGCUUCUUUCUUCCAGGUCAGACUUAGUCAUUGAUAACAUUAUUAACCAACAAUAGAGGGAUAUGUUCACAUUUCACUUUUGUGACAUUAUUGGAGCAAAAAACUGAUACAUCCAUUAUACAGAUUCCCUCUAAUGUUCCUGGUACCUGGCAGGUUGAAGUAACAGUUCAAAUGAUUGACAGUGAGAAAUUGUACAGAUAUAUUUUCUUUGUCCAGGAGUGUGAGAUAGUUUUGUGGAGAGUUUUAUGUGAUGACCUUGGGAACUCUCUCCCCUGCUGUCAAAGUGUAUAUAGACCAACAGAGCUAACUAUGCCUCUACUCUAAUCCUGCUGUGACAUACACCACAUUCAACAAAUGAAAGGCAACAUGAGGGAAUUAUUUUUUCUACAUUUGACCUUGUUUUCUUCAUAGAGAGCGAGGGUUUUUAACACAGGUUUUAUUUCUUAAUAUACUGUUGACAUGUUUUUGUUUUAAAAGAACAUCACACUUGAUGUUUUGUGAAUUUGCUGUUGAGUUGAAGUUGAAGUCACUCUAGAGCUAUAAAGAGUGUUUGUAAAAGUCUUUAAGUUGCUGACAUCAGGUGUCAUUAGGCUGGAAACUGGAAAUAUGUGAAAAAGUUUGUGACGUAUCAUAGCUUAAUGUUCUAACAUGGACUGAACCACUCACCUUGUUUUUCUGUGAGCUACUUGAAGCAAAAACUGAUGUUUGAGUGAGACAGUUUGACUUUCUAUUUCACUCAGAGCCGCUGUGUUGUAGUUUCAUGUCAUGUUUUAUAUAUGUGUCUGUAUUCUGUGUGUCCAUGAUCAAUCACACUCUUACUGUUUUGCCACGUGCAUGUCCUGCAGUCAGGUCCUGCUCAGAGCCCACGUGUUCUCCCCAUCGUUACUUUAAGGGAUGAGUUUUUUAGUUAAACUUGGUUGUCAUGGGAAGAAAAGUCUUUCAUCACUAUAUUGAUACAACUGUAGCAGGAGCAUUAUACAAUGCUGAAUAUCUCCUGAUAGACCCUGAACAUUUCAGUCAUUCAGUCGUUCCUAGAAGUUACAAGAAGAAUUCUGAAAAUACAAAGUCCUCUUAACAACUUGGAAUUUUUUUUGAAGUGAAUAUAAAUUAGGAGAUUGUUUUCUUCAGUACAAUCUCAUAUAGUGUCCAGACACUAUAUAGAUUCCUGUUUGCCAGGAUAAAAGCCUGUGUCAUGAUUUGACUUUUAUUGUUUGAUUUAACCCAAACCUCAGUUAAUCCAGUUUUUCAUAUUGACCUGUCUAAUUUGUUGUAUGUGUUUUUAUGAUGUUUGGCCAUUAUAAGAGUAGUUUAUAUUUUCAGAAUUUUUCCCAUAACGAAUGUUAUGAACAUAUUUUACCAAAAUGUCUAUGUUCCUUAAAAUAGGAUGUGAUGCCUAAUAUGAUGGUCCUGGGUCAGGGCUAGCUCUUUGUGAAAUGGCAAAAAGCUGAAUCUUUGGUAGAACUAAGAUAGAAUGUAAACUCAGUCCUUUGUUUUGGGGUAGAGCAACCUGUGACGAAGGCUUUGCACUGACUGGUACAAGUUAGAUCUGCUUCUCCAGUCACCACAUUGAGGAGGUCAAUACCAGGACUGAUAUACUGAACACAUUGUCCCCCCCUUAUUAUACAUGUCUGUAACAAUGUGUCUGCUGGAAACGCAUAAUGUGAAUUCACCCACAUUGGAGUUGAAUGCUGGUCAAGUUGAAGUUGAUGUGCAGCCACUGGUUCUGCCACAGUGGGAACUGCCUCUCCCUGCCAUUUUCUUUGUCAUGUUUACAUAUCAUUAAUAUUUACUUUGCUGUAGCUGUUACAAACUGUCUUCCUGUAGAAGAAGAGUGACCCUGGUAUUACAUAAGCCUCUCCAUCUAAGCUGUGCACAGCUAACACCUCUGUUGGCCUUCCAUCUACUGCUGAGUCAUAAAGCAUGCGCUAGCUUUUCAAAUGCUUGCCAUGCUCCUGCCACACGGCUGUGGAAAGGUCACUAUAUGAGCGACUGUGUUCAUAUAUCAUUGUCUGUUUUCAUUUCUCACAGAAAGCAAAUUGUGGUGUUAGAAUUUUUUUUUUUUUUUUAUAGACUCACCUCCUGCUUUAUUUUUUUGUCCCUACUUAGGACUUAAAUGUUAAAAAUGUCAUUAGUGUUACAUUUCAUGAUGUGCUGGUAGUUUUUAUCUAAGUUUACCAUUAGUUUAAAAUGGAAUUUCAUUGCUAACAAAGUCUUUUUUUUAGUUAACUGAAGUGCCAGCAGCUUUUUCACAACAAUGUAAAGGACAACUUGCUGAUAACAAGACUGACUUUGAGUGUCCAUUUAAAUAUCUUCAUAUGACACAUCAGCCAGAUGUUUCAGCUGCGACGGGGAAGCAAACCCUUGAUGACACAUGUAAUCACCAAUCUAUCAUUUUCAAUAGAUUUGUGUGUGUCUGUAAGUGUGUCUCACAGGAUGCUCUAGGAGGAGGUUUGGGCAACCUGAUAUUAUUUCUGUCAUUUAAAUAGAUCUGCUCCAUAAUGACAUUCUGUGGUCAUAAUUGUUUUUAAGAUAAAAACAGCAGCUUUGAUGAAGCAGAGGGCGUCAUAGAAAGUGACAGUGGUCCUGUUGCCUUUUGUACCUCUCAGAAUCGGGACAACUUGCUGUGUUUUUCUGGAGCUUGUGUGAUGGUUGAUGGCUCAGUUGUGUAAAAUCCCUCAGAUGAAACCAGGAACUAUUUGAUCAAAGAGUAAUCUAAGAACCUGAUCAUAUAUCUGAUGAAAACUCUUCCUACUUGAAGGUUUCUGCCAGUUUUCAGAUCCAAACAGUCCUCAUCCUUGAUACUGAGCCAUAGUGUGACCUCUGACCCCGCUCUGUCCUUCAUGUAUUUCUGUCCUUGUCCCUCUGACCUCAGCCUGUCUGCUGUGUGCUGCUUAGACUGGAGAGCUCCAUAGCGGUACCCUGAUCCAUACUGUGUUUUUCAUCCGACUCCUCCAUUGUGCAAUAGAUGAUGUUUAUUUUGGUUGUGUUGUGCAUCCUGCGAAAGCAGUCUGAUGAUUUUUAUAUGUAGCAUAUGUUUUUAAUGUGUUUAUUUAUGUACCUUCCACCCCCCAACUUGCUGAUUUCAUCCUACUAAAGCAGCACAAUCUAAAAACCUUUCAUUACAGAAUGUUUUUUGUCAAUUUUGAAAAAAACACAAUAUUAACAAAUGCAACACUCAGUAUUUUUAAAUGAGCAACAAAAUUAUUAUUUAAAACAAUCCAUAUUUAUAUAGUGACAGCUGAAACAUCACUAUUUACAACUGAAUUCCUUAGUUAUAGUCAGUUUUAUUUCUCUUUUUAAGAAGUGGAUAUUUCAUAUAGAUGUAAAGAAGUUGAAUUGUGUCUUUACUGACAUGCUGAUGAAUAACAGUGAGCUGCCUACAUUUUUUUAUUUUGUUUCAUUCACUUCAAUAUUACUUGUCUGAGGCAUGUUUGAUUUAUUUUCCCCUGCUCCCUCACACGAAGGUAAAAUAAUCUGAGCUGUCUUUAUUAAGAUGGAUACAGUGUGUAUACAGUCUGUAUAGUAUCAUGUCUAUUAUAUUUGUCCCAUAAAAAGUGAAGAAGAAGAAGAAGAAGAAGAAGAAAAAGUAAACUUGACAAGGAACCAUUUGGGAGGUUGCCUACAGUUACAGUUAUUGCUGAGAGAAUUAUUUUGAACAGUGAUCCUCUCUACAUGGUCUGUACUGUUUACUAGAAUAAACGUUUCAGUUUAAUGAGAA